GACAGGGCAGUGGACGUUAAGUUUCUAGAACUUCUGGAGCUAAUGGCAGAGGGUGCUUGAGUAGUUCAUGGAAAUAAGGACUGGAAGUUUGACAGGAUUUCAUGGAGGUAACUCAGUGGGCUACUCAGUGGAUUACAGGGGGUCGUUCUACCUCUCACAGAGCCGGUAAGCGCCCCCGUCUGCGUCGUGUGACUGUUCUGAGAACGUCAUGGUUGUGUUUUGCCGCUCUCGUCUGUAUGCUCUUUCUCUUCCUUGGAGUGUGUUUUCUCAAUCUCUUCGACCCACGAUUGCAACCCCUCCCUCUCACUGGAGUCGAGCCCAGAGAUGUCACCCUUCUCCUGUGGACGCACCCCUUCGGCCACUACCGCAGACUGCCGGACUGUGAGGCACGCUUUGGGAUCUGUGGGUGCGUACUGACCGACGACCAGCGCAUGUACCCUUGGGCUGACGCCGUCAUCAUGCACCACCGUGAGAUAGCGACCAACGCCACCGCACUCCCGCCAGACCCACGGCCCAGUGGCCAGAAGUGGAUCUGGAUGAAUUUUGAGUCCCCGUCUCACACACGUGGCCUGCGGCGGUUCGAGGGCAUGUUCAACCUCACCAUGACCUACCGAGCAGAUUCAGACAUCUUCCUCCCCUACGGCUACCUGGUGCCCCGCCUUCACCCUCACGCCAACGGCCCCCACACACGCCCCCGGCGGCCCCACCUACUGGCCUGGGUCAUCAGUAACUGGUCAGAGUCGCAGGCCCGCGUGGUGUACUACCGCCGGCUGGCUAACUACGUUGGCGUGGAUGUGUUCGGGCGUGCAGGUGUGCCACUGCCAGAGGACAGCACUGUGGUGCGCACGGUGAGGCGCUACCAGUUCUAUCUGGCGUUGGAGAACUCACAGCACACCGACUACAUCACCGAGAAGCUCUGGAACUCCUUACUGGCCGGGGCCAUUCCUGUAGUUCUCGGGCCGCCGCGGGAAAACUACGAACGCUUCCUCCCCCAUGAUGCCUUCAUCCAUGUUGACGACUUCCCCUCUCCCCGCCUGCUCGCCCAAUACCUGCUGCGGCUGCGCCGGAGCCCCGCCCUCCUGCAGAGACACCUGGCCUGGAGGAAGAACUACUGCGUGCACCUGACCGCCUUCUGGGCGGAGCAUUACUGCACAGCGUGCCGCGCCGUGCAGAGCCACAGACUCCGGACUAACACCAUCACCAACCUUCAGCGCUGGUUUGAGUCCUGACCUCUGACUCCUUUUUGACCUUCCAAUACGUGAUGACUACUACGAACAUGAUUGGUCACCAAUCCAGCCAGAACCCAGUCUGUAGCAGGGACCCCAUAGGAACUGUCUUGAACACCAUUUAGAAAACAGUGUAUCACAGGAAGAAACGUUUCAUAUUUAUUGAACGUCAUUGAACUGUGAUUCACUUGUCUGUUACUUUUAUUUGUUAUUUAUUAAUCAGGGUUCAGUAGUGUUAUGAAGUGAGUUGUGUCAGACUGUAUAAGAAACAGAGACCUUGCCCUUAUCAGUGGGUGUGUGGGUUGUUUGACAGCUGCUGUUGGAGGCCUUCCUAAAACUAUAAUCACUCUCAUAGAAACUAUCCAGGCUACUGUAUACACCGCUAUAAUCAUUCUCAUAGAAACUGUCCAGGCUACUGUAUACACCGCUAUAAUCACUCUCAUAGAAACUGUCCAGGCUACUGUAUACACCGCUAUAAUCACUCUCAUAGAAACUGUCCAGGCUACUGUAUACACCGCUAUAAUCACUCUCAUAGAAACUGUCCAGGCUACUGUAUACACCGCUAUAAUCACUCUCAUAGAAACUGUCCAGGCUACUGUAUACACCGCUAUAAUCACUCUCAUAGAAACUGUCCAGGCUACUGUAUACACCGCUAUAAUCACUCUCAUAGAAACUCUCCAGGCUACUGUAUACACCGCUAUAAUCACUCUCAUAGAAACUGUCCAGGCUACUGUAUACACCGCUAUAAUCACUCUCAUAGAAACUCUCCAGGCUACUGUAUACACCGCUAUAAUCACUCUCAUAGAAACUCUCCAGGCUACUGUAUACACCGCUAUAAUCACUCUCAUAGAAACUGUCCAGGCUACUGUAUACACCGCUAUAAUCACUCUCAUAGAAACUAUCCAGGCUACUGUAUACACCGCUAUAAUCACUCUCAUAGAAACUGUCCAGGCUACUGUAUACACCGCUAUAAUCACUCUCAUAGAAACUGUCCAGGCUACUGUAUACACCGCUAUAAUCACUCUCAUAGAAACUGUCCAGGCUACUGUAUACACCGCUAUAAUCACUCUCAUAGAAACUGUCCAGGCUACUGUAUACACCGCUAUAAUCACUCUCAUAGAAACUGUCCAGGCUACUGUAUACACCGCUAUAAUCACUCUCAUAGAAACCGUCCAGGCUACUGUAUACACCGCUAUAAUCACUCUCAUAGAAACUGUCCAGGCUACUGUAUACACCGCUAUAAUCACUCUCAUAGAAACUGUCCAGGCUACUGUAUACACCGCUAUAAUCACUCUCAUAGAAACUGUCCAGGCUACUGUAUACACCGCUAUAAUCACUCUCAUAGAAACUGUCCAGGCUACUGUAUACACCGCUAUAAUCACUCUCAUAGAAACUGUCCAGGCUACUGUAUAUUUACAUCAAACGUCUUUCUCUCCUCAUCUGUCUGCUGUCUGAUUUGUUCAGUUGUUUCAGUCCAAGAUAUUUCAGACUUUUGAAUGUUUUUUCACUACAUGUGAAACUUCUAAUGUAUGCAAUUGCAAUAAAUGAAACUUGAAUUUGA